AUGCUUAUUGGGGAUUUGAGUUUAGAUGACGACUCCAGCAGGUACGUUCUUUGUCUUUGUCUAUGACAUAACGAUUCAUUGAGCUUUAGUGGUUGUAUUGAUUGUAUAAGAAGUAUGUAAGUUCAUCUCCUCAACAAAAAAAUAAAAAUGGUGUCUGCUCUAGAAUUCUGACAAGGUGCUGUGGUAUAUUCACUUACCAUUCUCACCCUUCCCCUGAUAUCAGGAUGCUAGCUGCAAGUUUUUUCUUGGCGCCCCUACCUUUGUGUUGGUUUACUUUUUUGCAUCUUUUUGACCACGAUUUUCCAUUUUCCAUUACUAGAAUACGAAUUAUACCCAUGGAGUGUAUUUUAGUUCAGAGCUUUGGUUUUUUUUUGUCAUUAUGUAGUGGGUAAAACGCUGCUCUACUGAAUAAAAAAGAACAAUAAUAUGUGAAAAACUAUUAUGUCAACAGAGCAGAAAUGCGUCAACUUACAUAAGAGGAAAGAUAAAUAUUUGACAAGCUGUCAAGAUCACAGGACAUCUAUUUAGUAGAGAGAUCGAUAAUUUUAUAGAAAUUACGAAAAAGUAGGGUUAUCUAAGGGUAACCUCGUUACUGUCUACAAUGUACUGCUCUAUCGAUUUGUUUAACUGAAAUUUCCUCAAAUUUCUUCCUGAUAGAUUGCUCUCAUCAUGGUCCGAGCUAUAAUGAUUGAAGACGCGGUUAUCUCUGAUUUACUGAAACAAACUUCUCUUCUCCAUGACCAUUUCAAGAAAACAAUGAAACCUUUGUAGCUAAACAUUUUUGAUCCAUAUUUUAUGUGGUUAAUUUGAUUUUUUGAUGCCAAGGUAACCUAAAAAAACUCCUUUUCUGCUAUUUGUGUGUGGAGCCGAGUUUACACAAUGAAACAAAGAAAAAUGAAAAAUAUAGGGUGCCUAAGUUCCCCUGAUCUAUGAAGAGAGCUGCACAUCGUGUCAUUCAUGAAAAAUAUAAAAUCUGAUUGUUGGUGUCCUAAUUAGGUAAUUAAUUAAUAUAGAUUAAAUGUGAUAUAUCAUCCAUUCACACAGCUUCACACAGCUUCACACAGCUUUGAUUCACUCUAUAUAAGCCUGCUUGAAAUAGAACCCUGGUGCUCAAUAUUUCAUUGCUAUGACUUUCCAGCUGUUAAAUAAUGAAACGAAACUCAUACUACCGAGGAGCAUGUGAUUCAUAAUAUCAUGGUUGCAUCACCUCAAGUCAUUGAUUAUCUUGAUUCUAUUAAAAACUUUUUUUGUCAAACUUUAUUUAAUUGAAGAUGUCUCAGUAGUAGAAGUGCUCACGUAUCUGUUAUGUCUUCUGAAGUGAUGAUGUGUCAUUAGAUGGGUUGCAAGAUGAACUUGAAGACUGUAAAAAUAAUGAUGUGAGUAUUCUUUUCCAGAUCUUCAAUUAUUUAUCUUGAAAGCAACUACCGUUCAUGCUUACGUCUGUGUUGCUGAUUUGACUAAUCAGUGCUUGAUCAGUUUACAGCUGAGUUCCUCAAAGCUAAAAAUAAAUACCUCACUUGAUUAGGUCCCAAUGUGAGGUGAGUAGGCUUCGUACAACAUUUGGUGAGUAGAUAGAGUGGGGAGAACUGGACAGCAUAACUCUCCCAUGUUAAUGGUUUGUAUAUAAGACCGAAGAAGGGUAAUAUAAAAUAUAAAAAAUAAGAAAAUCACUAGACAUGGAGUAUACUGUCCUCUCUUAACAUCCCCUCAAGUCAGAUGCAAUCAUAUACCGAGAGUUUACCAAUGCUCUCUUCAAGGUGUGGAAGAUAUGCUUGCUUAUGUUAAUAAUUUGAGUGAUGGGUCUGUGGAAUACAUAUUAAUACAUCUCUGCCGCUCAUAAGAGCAGUGUAUCGCAUGAGAAACCCUUCACAUGUGCACAGUCAACAUUUGAUGAGGGAAUUCUGGCGAACAGUAAUGGAAGUGAGGUGAACAAUGAUGGCCAAAACAGCGUGAUGAGCAGGAUUAUGGGUAGUGCUUGAUCAGUGAAAUCGACGAUGGCAGUGGCUGAAGGAAGUGGUGUUGAAACCCUUUCCAUCAAGGGAACAGGACAUGAAUCAAGUCUGUGGGAGUGAGGCUUCUCUGAAAGUGAGGCCUAAAGGCUAUGAUGGUCACAAGAAAGAAGCAAAGGCACUUGGCUUGAAAUGAAGGUCAGCUGAAAACUUCUGAGAUGGGAUAGUGGAGUGUGGUUCGUUUAAGGGCUACCUACUGCUCAACCCAGUCAAAUUUCAUUUUUUUCCCUCCAUAACAUGCGAGAAUUUUCUUCAUGCAGUGGGUUGUAAUUGGUUCACAAACAAGGGGGAGGUUAGGCCUCUUGGAUGUUUGUGAUGGGGCCAGGCGAUGACCAAAGAUCAGGCACAUGAAUUCCUUCUCCCAUGUAUCUGUAGAGUCGAGUCUAGACAUGACCUUGAAACUGGGUUAUUUAUUUUAUAAUAGGAUCUUGGCUUGAUGACACUUGCCUUAGCUGUAGUUGAUGAAGCACUAGGUCGUAUCCUUGUCUUCUGGCUUUCUGGUUCACAAAUAUCCCAAAAAGCUCAUUCAUCCAGAAGACAAGAAGUUUUUGUUCAAACCAUUAUUUGACUGACAGUUGCUAUACACAACAUCGCAUACUCAUAUUUUGACCUUGCCUCUCUUCCCCUCUCUUUUUCUCUCUCUCAUCCCUUUAUUCCUACCUUCUGACUGUAAACCUCAGUGACUAGGGGAUCAUUGAUUGAUGUUUCUUGCUUUUGUGGGCUGAAAUUUUGUGACUAAAAGACUGUUUUUCAUGAUCUCGUACGGCCUUUCUGAAACCUAUCUAAAUCACCUUGCCCUGGAACUUUCCAUUAACUACUGACAUCAUGCGGGAUAGCUGUUAGUAUGUUUUGCCAAUUCAAUAUAGCUGUUAGUAUGUUUUGCCAAUUCAAUAUAGCUGUUACUGAGGUUUCGUGUCUUAGUGUUCAUGGGAUGAGGUUUAUGUUGAUAAUGACAGUAACAGUAUCAACAAAACUAUGGGAGGGAUUAAUUUGGCUUUCCACGCUCUACUAAUCAUCAAUUGAUAUUUUAUUCUAUUCCUUGGUGUUUAAUAGGAAGAGACAUAUAAAUGAUAAUUGCAUAUACGUCCCCAAGCCCUGCAACAGAAACUACAAAUGUAUGUGGAACAAUUCCGCAUGUCAUCAUGGGGGUACUGUCAUUUUUUCAGAUCUUUGGUAACGGUGUAGAUUCUGGUGGUUAAAUAUAUGACCCAUUCUCUAGAGCUUAAAACAGAAUAAUAUUCAAAGAGCUCUCUAUGAAUUUGGUUUUUCUCGAUUUGUAUGGGAGAGCAUCCGAUUCAAAGACGUCUAAAUACUUGUGAUUCAUGUAUUUUUUUGUUGUUUUUUUAUUAAGGAUUCAGAUUUAAUGAAGGAUGGAGGAUAUAAAAAGAAGAGUCUUCUUUCCAUUUGCUUCAAGUUACUGUUUGUCUACUUAGACAUGAUUGUUUCACAGGAAAUUGCAAAUAUAUUAGCAAAAGGUGCAAAACUACGAGAAUAUACAAAGGGUGUUGAAAAUAAUGUUCGCCAAGUUGAAUUGGAGUCUAUACAGGUACAUGUUUUCACAUCCUCAAGUGACAUGUUUCAAGUUCUGGGAUAUGUUUCUUUUGCUUUGGAUUCGUAAUUUUUUUUCUUAUUUUACCUUUAAUGUGGCUUUUCCAUUGACAUUACAAUGUUUUAGUUCAAAGUGUUGACAAUUGAUCUUGAUUGAGAUUUCUGCAACUUGGAGAAUGAAAGGAGUCGAUCUUCACGAUUCUCCUCUUCCAGGAAGAUGAACCAGUCACCACUUCUUGGAGCAGGGUUUCCACAAUUUAAAAUGAAUGUGUCAAUUAUCAUGGGUUUCCUGCUUAAUUACAGGUUACAUGAGUUAAUGGGCCAGGCCUUUGACAUUAGUCUUUAACUGGAUCCGUUAACAGUCUAAUGGAUCCACCUGUUAAGGGAAUGACAGGAAAUGUCAAAAGAUACAAUGAAAAGAAACAGAGAAUUUUUUUUUCCCAGAAAGUUCAACACAAUGAGCACAUUUGAUCGUAUUCUCACCUUAAGUAAAAAUGUGUCGUUAAAGAACAAUUCUUCGAAUACAAAACCAGCUUGUCUCUUCUGCGAAUUUAGCUACUUCUCUGAUAUUCCACAACAAGCUCCUGUCAUAAUCUCCACUUGUCAACCUAGGUACCGUUUAUAUGAAGCCAUUUGUUGCACCCAUGCCAUCCCCUUUCUGAGAGGUUACAUAUUUCUUUUACUUUUCCAUCGAAACUUGGGUUGUCGGGUGACCCAAUGUUGCACGUACCACACUGAUUGGAUAUUUGAUUAGUUGUUGCCUGGGUACCCAAAUUUUGACCGGCAAUAUCCAAGUUGUUUCUGGAUUUUCAUGCUGAUUUGAUCAGUGUUACCACUCUCUCUCUCUCUCUCUCUCUUAAUCCACUCACUGCGUUUAUUAUAUUGUCACAGAAUGUUAGUAAAGCCUUUACGCAAGGCACUUAGUUCAGCACAUAUUUUCCUUCACAUUCUCAAUUAAUCUGCUUCAACUACCCCUGUAUCAAACAGAAAGUCUCUUGUUUCGCCAUCAACUAAACUUGAAAUGAACUUUCUUCCUCUGCAACCAGUGCUUGGUCCCCGGAUCUACAGAUAUUCUUAACUGCCUUUAAUUUUAUCUGAAGAAUGUGUCUCUUCCCUAGCUAGCUUCUUUACAAUCUCCUACUGCUGAGUUGGAAAUACAUUCUGGAGAAAACUCUUCGGGUUCAAGCCUCUUCACCCAAGAACUGAACCACCGUUUAAUUUAAUAUUCUUCGGGUUCAAGCCUCACCAGCAAGAGGUGGAAAGGCCUCAACAAAACUAGUGUGAGCCGUGAAGAUUCCUAGACCCAUGUUCCACGCUUCCAUGUCUUUCAGCAUUUUUUUUUUUUUGGGGCGGGGGAGAUAUUCACAUUAGGUAACAACCGUUGACCAAGUCUUGAGUUAAUGCUUGGGUGAAGAGGGGAAAGUAGUUGUUAGUAGUAGGAACACUUGUGUUAGUCCUUGUGGAGGAGUCUUGCUGUAAUUUGGAUCUCGAUAUCUAUUGUGAGGUAUCAUUCUUCUCUCGUAGCUUUUUUCAAGCGUUAGGUUUUAACAUACAUCUUUUGUAUCAAGUCAUGUUUCUCUUGUCUUCUCUUAUCUAUUUUUCUAUUGCCUGCCUGAUUGCCAUCACGCGAGGUCUGCGAGGAACCAUAUUUAAUGUCACAUUUCCUAUGGAUUCAAGGCACGGCUUGUUUUCUCUUUGAGUUUUAGUUCGUCACCUUUCUCGUGGUGCUGCUAAAUUAGAAACCCUCCAUUGUUGAACUCCUAUCUAUCAUCAACUUUCUUUCGCAAAAAUCUUCAAUACAUGUGGGAGUUGCCUGCUACAAUUUUCUUUGGCUUAUUGGAUUGAAUGAGAACAUCCGUUAUCGUAUGAAUGUUGACGAAACGGCUUCAAUUUCAUUUAUUUAGUCUUUUGGAUUGACUGGCAUUAUUCCUCUGGUAAGUAGAAUAAACAGUCAUAAGUGAACAAAACUUUUCUGGUUUUGUCUGAAAUAGCAGAGUAUAGGACAAAAUUAUGUCCCCAAGAACAUAUGGUUUUGUCGUGCUCCUUGUUCUGUUAAUGUUUUCUCUAACUGUGUUGAUUGUAUAACUUAAGUGGAAGACAAAUGGAAAUAUUGGGCUACAAUUUUUUCUUGGAAAUUAAUCCAUGGACAUUUCUUAAGUGUCCAAUAGCUAAGCAUCGCUAGAAGCAAAAUCUACGAAUUUACUGAACAUUGAGUUUUUUUGUUUGAUUGAAAUGUUAAACACUGCUUUCCAAGUGGAGGGAAGUAAACAAAAGAAAGUGAGUAGUUCUGAUCAAACUGUUUGGACUGGGAAGGUAUUGAAUAAAGAUAGGUCAGGAUUUUGAGUAGUGGGUUCCAUCUCCUCUGUAUUUGAUAAUAUGAUGUGUAAUUCAACGCCGAUAUACAUUUUUUGUGUUCCAUUACCCAAUUAUUGCUGGAAGAACACUGUCUUAUUAGUUCAAAAGAUCUAGCAAAUCUUGAUUAGUAUAAAUAUUAAAUACCAGAUGCCCAAUACUAGGAAAAAAAUCAAAAUAAUUAUGGUUGUUUUAUGAAUAUUGCAUUUGAAAGAAGAGAAAAGGAUUUUCAACGCUGGGUUCUAUCUUGUCUUUUAGUUGACAGCAUUUGGUGUAUAGGGCGGAAUUUGGGAAAUACAAUAUCUACUAAUCUGAUAUGGCGUUUAUAGUACACAUCUUAUGCAGAGAUGCUCCAUAGGCUGUUUGUUUGCGGAACUAACUUAUAUUUGGCCUGGAGUUUGAGGUUAUGUUCAUGUUUGGAGAAAAGAUAUCAUGUGUUGUCUUGUUUCUCUGUUUUACCUGUCAGACAGUAGCGCCUUUGGGUUGCUAAGGAUACACUAUUUCAAUUAUCAAUUUUUUUAUUUAAUAAAAGCUGUCGUACUGAAUGCAAUUCUUAAGGUAUAAACUUUUCUGUUAUUAAUAGAUGCAGCAUCCUCGUGGAUCUGUAUCAUGUGUCUCACAAGGCUGUAUGAUCUGGUCCAGUUGAUCAUGUUGGUGGUUACAAUGGGUAUACUGAUUUCGGAUAGAGGUUUUAUUGGAAUUUUGAGAAAGCUCUUGAAAAUUAAUGCUAAUUCACAUGUACUUGUGCUCCUUAAUGUAUGUGUUUACUACCAUGUUCGGGUGGCUUGCCCCACUGCCACUGAUAUAUGUUCUGUUCUUCUCAUUUCAUGCAGGAUUACAUUAAGGAGAGUGAUAACUUGGUUUUACUACAUGAUCAAAUUCGUGAUUGUGAUAUUAUUUUAUCACAGAUGGAAACACUGCUUAGUGGAUUUCAGGUAUAGUAGGUCUAGUUUAGAUAUUUUGUCUUUGAAUUUUCUGUAAGAGUGUGAAGUUGAAGUCUUCAGAAAAGGCGAAAUAAGCCCCAGCAACUUACUCUCAUGUAGCUUUUUGCAUUUGAAACGAUAUUGUCUUAAAAUGAAUACACGAUUCAAAUAGUCCCACAAAGGAAGAAGAAAUAAAAUCCGGUGUUUAUGCACAUGGGCCUAGUUCAUUGGCAUUUUGUUUUCAGUCAGAGACCGUAAUACUCUAUAAAUUUUGCAAUAAAAGAUAUCAAUCCUCAUUUCUUAACGUCUUUCUCAUCAUUUCUUUUUGAUUAUGUUUAUCCAGUUGUUUAAUUGUUGCUCUAGAUUGCUUUUGUUUCCAUCAAGGGUACCUUUAUUGUUUCUCUCUGAGGAAAAUGUUGUACUUUAGUAAAAAAUUAUUUGAAAUCCAAUUGGAAUAUCUUCUGUACUGUUAUUAAUAUUUCAGUUAUGUUGUGAUAGGCAGAGAUUGGUUCCAUAAGUUCAGAAAUAAAAAGUCUUCAGGAGAAAUCUAUGGACAUGGGGCUGAAACUGAAAAAUAGAAAGGUAUGAUUUUUGCCAUUUAGAAGAUGUUUCCCAUGUCAUAUCUGUUCAAUUGCUGGCUACCAUUCUGGUUAGCAUCAUUUUAUGCUUUGCCAAUCUUAGCUAUAGUAUGCUAUCCUACGCUCAUUGGAAAUUAUCGUUUAUAUGCCAAAAUCUGACUACUUUUACCCUAAAAAUGCGUUACUUUUUCAGUGUAUGAUUGACUCAGAAUUGUGAAGUCUAAAUUGUAGAAGAGAAGGUCUACGGUGUCAGAACAAGUGCAUGACUGGAACGAUUCCAUGCUGGCUUUCCUGUGGUAUUGAUUUGGCGAGGAUGAAAUAGGCUGAAUAACAUAAGGGAAGGAUGCCCUGGGUUUAAGAAUGUAGGGUGGAUAAGCUGUCUUAUUUGCUUCUGCUGAAGAUAGUGGGAUAUGCUUUGUCGAAUUCAUGGCAUGCAUGUAAGAAGUUCUGCCUGUGGCUCUAAGUUUUCCUGGAGGGGACGUCAUAUCAUCCUGAAAGUGGAUGGUAGGGCCAGAAGGAACAUGGUUUUCCAUAGACGCUAAGUGGAAGUGGGACCAUUGAGAUUGUCCAUGCAACAUACGAAGUCAAUAGCUAGAUAGUCUUUUGCUGCGAUGUGGCCAGUUUCCUUUUCGUUUUCCAAAGUUGAAUUUCAAUCGAUUUCAUUGAUUUGAUUGGCUGUAUUCUCUGCUAUUACUUCCAAGAAUGGUGCUUGCGUGGUGGAUACUAUCUGUUUCUGAAUCACUCUUUCAGUCAGCUAAACAUUUUGCUCAUUAAAAUCCAAUAGAGGUGUUGCUACUACGUGUUCCAAUUUUUUUCUUUUUUAAUAUGGGGUGAUGACGAAGGGUGAGGCAUGGCCGUUGAAAAUCCGUCAAGGGAAAGCUGUUCUGAUAGCUUUAGGCAAGGCCAACAAUCUUUUGUACCUUCGGGCCAUGGGUAGCUGUUUUGUCAUAAAUCAUGUACAAAAACUCUAAUGUGAAAAGGUGAUUCGAGGAUAGCGGAUUAGGUCUGGCAACAGGAAUGCCACUAGGGCACUCAAGUGGUAGUCAUGGCAAUGACUGUUGGUGAGUAUGAGGAUCCAUGCAGAUAUGACUAACUUUGCUGACUCUGCUACCCACGUGAGUUGGGCAAGCAUCCCAUCAUGGAGACUAGCAUACUUCCACGAUGGGAUGAUGGAAGCUAUAGAAAUGAAUUUGCUAUCUUGUUGCUGCAUAGGCUACGGUAGGCUUAUAACAGUUAAAAAUUAAACUGAACUGGUCAAACAAAAAUGAUCUUAAAAUUGGGAUAUGUUAGCCUAGGUCAUUGAGAUGUUGGACAUGGUAGGCUCUAACUGACCAAUGUGGUGCCAUUACGGAGUCAUAUGUGCACAGAUGUGGCAAUGACCUUUCUUUUGAAGGAAGGAUAUUGACCAGUGCCUUCGCUCACUCUGGCUGUUCUCGACCUGGUGCUCACUAGAUUUCUAUCUUGUUGAGCAGGAUUGCCCUCAUAGGAUGGAUACUGCCAUUUCACUUUCUUUUAUCUCGAGCACUUCAUAUUGUUUAACAUUUUAUUUCUUUCAGGUAGCAGAGUUGAAACUUGCAAAAUUUGUAGAAGAUAUUAUUGUCCCCCCGAGGAUGGUUGAUAUCAUAGUUGACGGCGAGGUAAUCUUUUUGCGAGACAUAUGUGGAGGAUUCUGUCCAGCGGUUGUGAUUUUUUUAUAGUUGUGUACAUCUCAUCCUUAGAUCUGUAAGAUUUACAUCAGUUAUGCAUUCCUGAGCUCUCAUUUAUUGUAAUAAUAACCGUUAUGAUGGAUAAUCCUCCUGUCUACUUUUCGAAAGAAUAUAAUGGCCCUAACAUAGUUUAUCUUAUAGGAGAUUUGGGACCCAGAUUUCUCAUUGUAUGCUUUGAUAAAUUUCUUUUGUGAUAAGAAUCGUUUUAACAUUUAUGUGUGUGUAUUUGCGGGUCUGACCUAUCAUUAACUUUUCCAAAGAUCAUUUUUGUUUAAUUUGACCUGGAUACCAAUGCUUCAUAGCGGGACUAAAUUGAUGAAUUAUGAAGUGUUGGGGCUUAAAAGAACCUGUGAUCCAGAAAAGGGUGACCUAUGCGGAUAUUGUCUAGAAGAUGGUACGAAUUACGAAAAAAUAGUAAAAGAUAGCAAAUGCAUCAUUGAGCGUGUAGUAUACAUAACUGCAGAGAAAAUUAAAUUUCAUGGAUAGAAGUGUGAGCAGGAUUGUUAACGUGUCAGUGCUAUUUGAUGUUCAUAAUUUUCAGCAGCCAUUUGAAUGAUUUUCAUAUUUUUACCUCAAAUUAGGACUCUAUUUUGUCUAUAUAAUGCAUGAGAGGUUGGUUGAUAAUUUCUUGGUAAACUGUCCAGUUUUUAAGGUCGUGAGAGGAUAAUAAAUGGAUAGGUCUAUGUUCCAUGUAAAUAUGCUUUCAACUCGUAUCAGGUAGUAUUUUUUUUCUGAUUAUAAUAGAUAUUGGUUUCUUAUAAUGUCUUAAAUGCUGCAUCACAGAUUUUUCGUCAUGUUAUUUUAGAAGGAAGUAUACAAAUACUAGAGAAGGUUUUUACAGGUGUCGGUUGGAGCACUAGUGUUCUAUGGGCUAUGUGCUUCAUUUGUGAGAGGCUUUUCUGCCCUCUUUUUGUUGGGGGCUGAGAGGGAAUAUGCACGUUUUCUUUGAUUUUGCAUAUAAAUUGUUGAUAAUUCAAGCCUAUUGUUGGGAUAGGAUGUGAUUUGAUUAGAAACCUUCAAUGUGACGUUUUUCGAGAUUCAGUUCCAAAUUUGUAUAAAAUCAAUAUGUGCCCUUUGCUUGACAGUCAGAAUUCACGCUCUCUUGUGGGCUGUCCCAUCAUCCCUCAAUGUCGAGAAAGCUAUCAAUCAGGUCAGAGUGGCCGAUUGUGUGCUGAAUCAACCUGAAAUCUGUGAUUGUGGACAGGUCAGCCACUCCUGAUCAUUGUUGGUCUCCACUACCAUGGGCGCUACCUCACUGUGGCAUGAAAAAUUUCAUCUCUCUUUAUUGCCUCCCUAAUCCCUGGCAAGGCAUCGUAAGGCUUUUGUCUCUAAACUGCUGGAUUCCUGGCUAUGCAAACUUUUGCAAUCAAUGCUUCCUGUCUAGAUUACUCCUAGUGUUCCUGGGAACCUUUCAAUUUAGUGAAUGUUUCAAAUUCAGAAAUUCCUGUGACCAUCUUGUCUCGCAGUCCUAUUAGUAUGGUUCAAAAGUAAAUCCUAAAGUUUGGGGCCUUAUGUUACAUUAUUUGUCUUAUCAUGCCAUCACAACUUCCAUUUAUUUGUAUGAUGAUAUUUUUUAUGACUUUCGUGUGAUGAUAUUUUUGACCUUCUUGGAGUUGAUCGGAGAAACAAUCUCAGUUCAUAACUGUAUCAUGUUGUUUUCCCCUGUUUUAGAUUUCAAGGCACCGUCUACGAUGUUGACAUUGUUGACCAGAAAGGACUAUAAGAAACCUACACUGCAUGUACAAGUAUAAUGAUUUUUCGCUGUCCUCUACAGGUGAAUGAUGAAUAUAUGAGAAUGCUCGAGAUCCUAAGCAGGAAGAUUAAGUUUAUUGAAGUCGACCCUAUGGUCAAUUCAUCCAUGGCUCUUAAAGAUGUGCAACCAGAGCUGGAAAGACUUCGACAAAAGGCUGUCGCAAAGGUAAUUGAAGAAUUUAUGCUCAUUCACAUUUUUCUUGAUUUUCAUGUUUCUUGAUUCUUCUAUGAUUGUGAUAAGGUGUUCUAACAGCUGAUAUCAAGCUUUACAUUAGGAAGGGGGGCUUUUCUGAGAACAAUUGGAUUUCCGAACAUUGUCUGAUUGGAACGACGAACCCUUUUAUCAUAAUGAUAAAAAUAACUAAAAAUUCAAUGGGAUUAAUUGUAAGAUAUUAUAGGACUCUGACUUGAAUCAUGCCACUGAUGUACUUUUUUAUUUAAAAUAUUUUAUCGUAAUCCACAAUUUAUUCAAGUGUUUUCUUAUUUUGUAACGAUGGAAAAUUUAUCAAUAGAGUUUUUAGAUUACACGAGUUUAAGUUAUAUCUAAACUCGGGUGUGGGCCUGGAUUGCAGGAUGUGUAUCAAAAUGGUGAUUUGGCUGCAUAAAAGAGUCCCAGUAAUUUUGGAAAAUGGGGAAGUCAUUGAAUGUAGGAAACAUGUAGAGAAGAUAGAAAAAGAGUCAAAUUCGUUUUCAAAAUCAUGUGCACCGGAACAGUAUCUACGAACGAAGUAACAUUUCAGACAUACAGUUUUUAUAAUCUUCAUACUCGUAAUAAUAGGAAUAAAACUACGAUCUAAUGUCCAAUGCCUAAUAUUGGUUAAAUCUGUUCUAGAUCUGUUGGCUAUCAAAGUGAAAUGAGAAUUCAUCAUGAUUUCAACUUCUAGAGAAUUGGUAGACUCAGACUAAAGCUGAUGAAAAAAAUCAUAACCAUGUUCUAUCUAAUUGAUGAAUGCUAAUAAUGACUUUUAUUCCUUGUACUGACUCGUCUAUUAUUAUUAUUAUUAUUAUUAUUAUUAUUUAGCAAUAUCUGCUUUUUUUGAUUAGAGAUAGGCCACUUCAAAAUGUUGUUGCAAUUCAUCCUUUGGUGGCUACUCCUGCUUCCAUAGCCUUAGUGUUAUCAUGAAAAUCAUUUGCCAUUGUUGUAAAACCGACUGAAGUGAGUUAGGGAGGAAUCUACUGCCUGAACUCUUUCUAUAGGCAACACCUUGAAACUUGUCAUUGCCACUUGAGGUUUGUGUCUUGCUGUCGCUAGGUAUUGAAUCUUUGUGUAAUGUGGAUAUGAUUUCGGCAGAGUAUUUGGAGUUCGUACGUAUAUACUUGGAUGUAGGUUGCCAAAUAUAUUAUCAAAUGUAGAUCAAAGUUACCGUGGGCAAACAAUUCUUUUAGGAAAUUAACUUUCCAUAAAUCCUACCAAUUAGGAAACAUAUUACAGACAGAAGCCAAGCUAAUAUACAUCUGAAAAAAACUUGAAAUUUAUGGAGAUUAAGUUUCUGGCUUUAGGAAAUUGGAUCUGCAGAUAUCUAUGGACAGUUACCAUUGAAAAGAGGAUACGAUAUGAACAAGAAGCUAAAAAUGGCAUCAAAGGUUGAUGGUGAAAGCAAUGACUAUUAGUUAGAGAAAGAUGUAUUGGACUGAAGCAACUUCUCAUUCCAUUCUGGCCAGGUUGGACAGAGGUGUUGAGAUUGUUCGCUGUCAAUUUGAAGAGAUUGAGAGGAGUUUGGGCUCAUCAUGAGAAUGUUUAUAAAGUUUUUAUGUGAGUUGACUGCUUUAGGCAUGACGUAAGAUAACUAUGAAUUGAGAGGAGAUAGUCUCUUGGGAUAGUGUAAGUAUUCUUUACCUUUUGAAUUUUUGUUAAAUCACAAGUAUGUGUGACCACAUCUUGUAGAAUGUCCCAACGUAAUCAGGUAGGACGGUAUGUAUACAUAAUCAAGUUUCAUUUUUAUUGCAUGCUUUUUGGCACUUGGACUAAUGUAAAUUCUUUCAUGAAGUCAUUUUAAAAUUUUCUACUUUUGCUUAGGUCUUCGAGUUCAUAGUUCAGAAGCUUUAUGCUUUGAGGAAGCCAAAAACUAAUAUUCAGAUCCUUCAGCAAAGCGUUCUUCUCAAGUAUAAGUAAGUUAUCCCUGCUACUGUAUUUAUUCUGAAUUCCAACACAAUUUGAAUCAAUGCGUAUAGUUUUACGUCUGACUCAGUCUCCAGUCUAUUUGGCACUUUGGAGCAAAAGGGAAGUUGUUUUAGAUAACUGUAUUCCUUUUUACCAGUUUUUAACAGAGGACUGGAAUUAGUUUUCCUGGAAGACUUGAUAAAAGUUAUUCUCAUUGGGUAAAAGCUUACCACUCCCCAUCUAUGCUUUAACCUGUGUACUUAAGGAUAUUUUGUGUCAGAUUCCGCUGCCAGUGGAUAUGCCCUAAUUUAUCCAGAACAUCAGUUAUCAUAUUUUGUUCUAAUCAGAGAAUGAUUUUCUACCACAGGUAGAUGUAUUCUAUUGUGUGAUAAUAUCUCAAGAUGUCAAUUAAUUUAUCUGCAAUAUUAGUCGUCAAAAUUAAUCCUAGAAUAUUGAAAUGACAGUUGGAAUGAAAAUAAAUGACGAGGAAAUAGGGGACUCAUUAUUUUAGUGGCGGAUUCUACUAUUCUCAAUUUAAAAGAGUAGCAGUUAUGCUAAAUUUGAAGGUCGUAGAUUAAUGUAAAGUUGCGAAAUUAAGGGAAGUAAGAUAAUUAUCCCUAUUCUGUUGAUGAAAGUUUGGGAUCAUUAUUCAUUUAUGCAGUACAACAAAGUGAAUGGAGUCAGUUCCAUGUUGUUUACUAGCCAAGAAGAGCAAUUUUUCAGUAUCUCAAGAAGGUUUUAUACUUCCUUUCAAGUUUGUCUCCUAGUAAUUAAAAAAGUGGGUAAAUCCUUCAAAUUUCCCCUGUUCAUCUGUUAUUAUGCGACCAAUGGGUAAUCUCUAAGAGUUGUGUGCUAGUUAUGUAGGUUACUAACAUGUUUUUGUGGAGUAAAUUUCUGAUGCGUCAGUAAAAUUUUUGCAAUUGAGAUUGUGGAAUUGAUGGGCAUCUAAUAAUUAUUGCAACAGAAAAAUUUGGAGUUCAUGAUUUGUGAUAUCAAUGUAGAUAUAUGCUCCAUCUUUCUGUUUCGAUUUUAAAAGGGAUUCAUUUUUUUUUUUGAACCAGUUGAUUUGAUUAGGUUCCAACCUCCUUUUUUUGGAUCUCUUUAUUGCAAAGUAUAGAUGCCAAUGCCAAAAUCCAUGUUUCUGAUUACUUAGCAGCUGAACAUUUACUGCUGUGAAAUUAUAGAAAUUGCUGUUUUGCUGAUAUUGGGUGACAGUACAGAGGCAGCUUUAAUGAAUUUCUCUGAAGUUAAGAACUGAAAAGGGGAUAAAAUUCAUUAUUACAUGCGCUAAUCGGAUAAAAUAAUAGUGGGCUACAAUAGUUAGUCUAUAACGUGAGAAGUGAGCAAGGAAUGGCAGCUAUGGUGAGUGGAUUGAACAGAACCUUAUGUUGACCAAAUCUAACAAUCAUGCUGUGUCCUUACCAGCCUCUCUCCAUUGAGUCUAUCUAGUUCUAUUUCUAGGUUUCUCUCUUUACGAUUCAUGAUCUCUGCCAUUUGGUAGCAAAUGUAAUUUUUAAUCCAAUAUGUUGACCAUUAUGUACUCGGAAUUGCAGAUAUGUUGUCCUAUUCCUAAAAGAACAUGGGAAGGAGAUAUAUAAUGAAGUCCGUUCGGCAUAUAUUGACACAAUGAACAAGGUGAUCUAGUCUCGUUGACUUGCAUGCAAAAUUGAAGUGUUAAUGAAUUAUUUGAUGAUUCUAAAUAUCUUGAAUAAGUUUGAUCAUGAUAAAGACUAAUAAAAGAUGGUAGCAUUCAGUUACUUUCAUAUGUAUAUUCCACAUCACUGUCUGGAGGUAUUACGUGAUCAGAGUGAAGUGAAGAGCUUAUAAAUGGGAUAUUCAUAAAUCAAUAAAUCAAUAACUAGAAUCUUGGCCGAUUUGGAUGCAUGAUCUCUGCAGCUCGGUUGCACAUAGUUUUGGAUGCAUGAUCAAUUGAUAUACUUGAUAUAACUGGCGUGAGGCUGUCUGGUCAAGUAAAGGGAACUAAUUUUUUUUUUUUUUGUUAAAUGUAUUUUUAUGUUAUGCAUUUUCAGGAAGCGAUGUUUGCCAUGCCUAAACUAAGCCAACAGUUUAGAUAUACGCAUUAACGCUUCAAUAAACAUGGUUAAUCUUAUUGCAUUAAAAGUGGUCGACAAGGUAUGAACCUAGGCAUAUAGGGCUUGAAUUCCUGGCGUAAAGGCAGGGAAUUUCCCUUUAAAAAAUAUCAAGAUGAUAAUAGCAUAUGCAAAGAUUAAACUUGCACUAUUUCUUAAACGAAAUGGUGUUAUUCAUUUAUCGUAGAUGCGAUUUCAACAUAUUUAUUUUUACCAUUUGAACUACUGUUUGACCAGGUUGUCCGACUGGCAAGAACUUGUCAUUAAUAGAAUAAAUAAUUCACUCUUACCAGUUGCUUGGUUUUAAUAUUUUGAAACCUUGUGUUUAUAGCUUAGUCAACAUUGGCAUGGUGUAGACUAUAGCUCAUUUAUUGGGGCUUAUUUGGGACAUAAUUGUUUACAUUCAUGUAAAUUUCUUGAUUUAUUUUUAAUUUUAUUAAAUAUGAUGUAACUACGACCUUAAAAUUGUUCAGUACAUAGGCUCUUGCAGAAUGAGGAAAAAAUGUAUUCAUAAUUUUUGCUUGUACCAUUUGGUUUAAAAUAUUUAUUAAUUACAUCUUCGAUGCAUAUAAAUAUUCAUUUAUGGGAUAUGAGAGUGCCUUCUUAGAAUUCGUUAUUUGCCUUAAAAAUCUCUUCUGCAGGUUCUGAGUGCGCAUUUUCGGGCAUAUAUACUGGCACUGGAGAAACUCCAACUGGAUAUAGCAACAUCCAAUGAUCUUAUAGGAGUUGAAGCCCGCAGUACUGUUUUUGUUUUCUCAAGAGCAAAGGAGCCAUUGAAAAACCGGUCUUCUGUUUUUGCUUUAGGGGAGCGGCUUAAUAUUUUGAAGGUUUUGACUACUUAUCCAUUCUAACUUUCAUAGAGCACUUAUGUAAUCUGAUUUACUGUUUACUUGCGGCUAUGCUCAAUUAGAAAAUGCAGUGUCCUACAUCUUCUCCUCGUUUUGCUAAAAAUGCCGUUUAUUACAGCACAAAGCUUUGCCAAGUUGCUGUUUUACUAAUUCUUUCCGGAGAAAACAUAAAAAGGGUCUGAAGCUGUUUUCGGUUGUCAUAGAUCUUGGUUUAUCGGGGAUUUUAUUUUUUCUUAGCUCUUAUCGACGUAAUUUAGGGAUUAUCCAAAAUAUUUGGACUGAUCUGAUUGAUAGGCUCAUUUAAUUGGUGAAUUUGCAUAGGACGGCUUCACAGACUUGGCAAUUUUCUGGUACCUAUCUGGGCAUUGAUUGACGUUUUGUUUAAAUUUCUAGAUGGAGACCCAUUUUUCUGAUGGCCUUGCAGUCGUUUUUUUCUUGCCCUGGUGAAUAUACCAAUCCAUUAAAAUCCUCAAAGCCUAUCAGUAAUUAUUUAUAAUUUUUUUCUAAAUGAACUUUCAAGUUUCCAGAUACGUUGCCUGAUAUUUUUUUUUUAGAGGACAAGAAAUGAAAUAGCUCUGAUGUAAAUAUUUCCCACUUCAUUCCUAUUAUAAACAUGUCUUGUUGUGCAUGGAUUGCACAAGACAUUUUUCACAUUUUUUGUAAACAGUUGAUGAAUGUUGUGUAGAUGAGUCACUUCUGUAUUAUUUCAAGUUCUUCAAACUUUUUUGCUAGUGAGGCACAUCAUGUCAAGUACUUCAAAUGUUAAACCAUCUAUUUUUUCUCAUUUUUCCUUUCCAAAUUUGAAUGGAGUUCCGGAUUGGUUACGAGUGGGCGAGUCAUGGUUGGGUUUGUUGUCUUGAUUAUUUUUUUUCUAAAUAUCAAGUAAUCUAUGUUUUCUGUUGAUCAUGUAUGUAUUGGCAAAUUUUCAUGACUUGCAGCAAUCUCGAUGGUAUGAAGUUUUAUGUAUCUCCAUAUACCUAGUAUUUUAUCCACUGCUCUUUGUUAGGGAAUGAAAGUAGUGCAACCGGGACAAUUCAUAUAUAUAUAUAUAUGUUGAUUUUAUAUUCGGCUACCAUCAUCAUUUUUCCUGAAUAACAUGUAUUCUAUGAUUUCAACUCCAUAAGUUUUUCCUGAUUAUGAUUCUUAUAAUUUUAUGAUUACGUAUAUUUAUUCUUUACCUCUUUUGAGAAAUAGAUCAUGGUAUGCCCAAAGAUACAGUUAUUUCUGGUAUAUGUAUAAUUUAAUACAAUGUUGUGUGAAAACUGUUCUUAGAGGAUUUUAUCGAAACAGCCCCUCCCCCCCCCCCUUUCCCCCUCAUGAUGUUUUCUUGGGAUAAUAAGUGAUUUUGUCACAAUCUUUUUGAUCUAAUAUUUUUCUUCCAGUGUCUGUUAACUUGUAAAAAGAUUCAAUAUUGGAGCACCUCAGAUUACAUGUUGUAUUGAUUCUCUAGGUUUCAGUGGUACUCUUAUGUUUUCUGCCUUUUCUCUGAAUUUUAAAUUCGGGAGUUAUUUCUUAAAUUUAAAUAGGAUUAUAUCUUUCUCAUAUUAGAUUCGAUCAUAAUUUAAUUUCUUAUAUCUUUUUCAGGAAAUUGAACAGCCUGCAUUGAUUCCACAUAUAGCAGAAGCGAACUCUCUUAAAUACCCCUACGAAGUUCUCUUUAGGAGCUUGCACAAACUUCUAAUGGAUACCGCUACUUCAGAGUAUGAUAUUUGUGUUGUAUUUUAAAUGGUAUAUGAAAUCUAAAAACAGUUUAACUUAUUUAUAAUGUAUAUUUUUAUUAGGUACCUCUUCUGUGAUGAUUUCUUUGGUGAAGAAUCUGUAUUCUAUGAAAUUUUUUCAGGUAUUUUGAUCUCUUCGAUUAAUUCCAUAAGAUGAACCUGUUUCGUAUCUCAUUCUAUACAUUAAACUAUAUACAUGCAUUCCUUCAGAAAAAUCACUCCUUUUUUAGAUAACUUGUCUCACACUGAAAGACACCAUGGCUGAUUAUUUUCUAAUGUAUUCUGAAGCUUAGUCUGAAAUUGAAGUCUAAUGAAAUGCUGUGGUAUAUCUGUGCAUUCAGGCUUUUGUCAAAGGAACUGACGAUCAAUCGUUGUGUUUUAAUCUAUCAUGACUACGUUAUCAGCUAUCUUGUUGACUGCCAUGUUGUCAUAAUCAAUCAUUAUAGGCAACUUCAACUUCCAUUCAAUUUCUUUUCGUGAGAUAUUCAGCUAUAAUAAUUCAGCAUUGCUCAAUACUUGGCCUUUAUAAUUGACCUAGCAUGUAAAACAUGUGGCUUUGAUGUGGCCUUAGAUUCAGCCUAACCUGCCUAUCCAAUGAGAGCAAUAAUUGAUAAGUGGCCUAAUACAUGGAAGUUGGGAGGCCCAUCAGAAGAGGGAGAGACUAAGUCAUCAAGUGAAAGGAGAUCAUGCCGUCACAUAAUGGGAGCUAGCAGUCUUUCUUACUUUUUGGCUCUUUCAAACUGCCUGCUUAUGAAUCAGGCUGCUAGAACAGGCCAAUUCCUCUUUGUAAAAGCACUGGGAUUGUGGAGCCAACCCUGGUCCGUUAAUGUUCUUGUAUGAGAGAGAGGAUGGGCUGCCUUUUGACUUGCAAGUGUGGUAUCACGCUGAGGGAGAUGGUGCCUUUUCAGACUCUCUUUCUGCUGAUCCAUUUAGGAAUCAACCCAAUGGGCCUGCCCAAUUCCCUCUUUGUAAAUGGCAUGGGAUUUUGGGUUCAUCUCAAAAAUACUGUCACACAAGGGAGAAACUGAUCCAGCUUGCAGCCAGUGAACUCUUAUCGCACAAGGGAGAAACUGAUCCCUUCUUUUCCCUCUGAAGUAUUUCUAAUGACCAUUGAACAUUCAUUUUCGGAAGUGAUGCUUUCACCUUUAUUCCUUCAUUCAGGACUUUUCGUUUUCCUUACUUAGGGGCCUAAAAUACACAUGCUCCAACGUUGGUGUGAAAUUUGGAUUGAGAAUCUGACUCAAUGCUUCAUACUCUGUGUCCCUUUGUGUAAAGAAUAAAAAUAUACUAUUCCUCUGCUCAUUUCGAAAUCUCUUCUAAUCCUCAGGUAGUUCUGUUCCUUUAUGGAAUAACAAUCAUAUUCCUCCUUGCUGUGCAGAGUAUUAAAGUAUGCUGUGACAAGCAUACCUCCUUUACGCUCUAAGAAUCUUCUGUUAUCUCUGAGGAGGAUCUGAAUUUUCUUAAGAUGUAAGUUUCCCAUCAGCCUUGUCUACAAGGGAAACAUUGCACCUGUGAAUGUGCCGUUACAUGGCAAACAUUGCAGAAGCAGCAUAGGAAAGGAGGGUAUGGGUAUCCAGUCCAUUUUGGAUGCUAAUGCCAAAAGCACACAGUUAACAAAGAGAUAGAGGAAAACUUACUGGACCUCUUAAUCUUGAUGUCCGAAUGUCUCCAACUCCGUUUCUUUCUCCCCUCUAAAUUUCUAGUACAAGUAUCCUAUAAUCCGUCUACACAAAUGCUCCCAUACUAUGCUCCCAGACAAAUCCGUCUACGCAAGAGGGAGAUGACCAGACGAAAAGAUAUGUAUAUUGGUUCCAUCCAAUGCAUUUUUAAGUAGAGCAAACUCCAAAGAAUUUCAUAGCAAAAAUACAGCUUUUCUAAAUAGGGGCUAAGAAAAAACUAAGUUAUUGAAGUUGGAAGUAAGAAAACAAAUGUCCUCUCUUUCUUAACAGAUUGUGUUUGAAAGAUUUCAUUAUAAAUCUUAAGACGGGAUUGGAAAAUCUUGUUCACCUUCAUGGAAUGAGGUGGCCACCAUCUGACCCUUUUUGUUGACAUGACUUAGCUGAAGAAAAUUUUCUAGAAAGUCGUACUUAGUAGGGUGAUUGAAGAAAAUGUGCAUGUAUCUGGGCCAACUUAUUUCGAGUAAAAACCCAUCACUGGGAGGUUGACUUUUGCAGUACUUCCAUCUCUGUCAGAGGGUUUAUACUUGGGAGAAAGUUGCCCUUACAAAAGGUGGAUUUCUUAUGACAAAGUUCCUAUCGACAGGAAUGACUUCUUCAGAAAUUAGUCGUUUAAAAAGCUUUUGGAGGCAUGGGAGAGAGCUUUUUUUGAGAAAGAUUUUUUUUUUUAAAUUAGUAGAAAUAGACACACAUAUGCAUUAAAUCCUCUAUUUCUCUUCACAUCCCUUGUCCCUCUCCUGCUUUUUUCCCUCAAACUUUUUUGUGAAAGUCCGUCCUUGUGAAAAGACCCUGCUCCUUUAUUGAGUUCAUUACUGCAAAAGUUGCUGCAGAAGUUUGACUUUCUUUUGUGAAACUUGCCCUUCUCAAGGGUGACACGAGGAAGAUUGGGCCUGUCGAAAGGAAAUUAUUUAUUGAAAAAAAUUUACCUUUAGGGAGGUGACUUUUCCUCAUUUGUAGAUCCUUCAGCAUUAACUCUUAUUAGUGUCACAGAGUCAACCAUACCACGAGUGACUCUUAUUCAAUUAUGUCACCCUCGAUACUCAUCAUUUUUCUUCAACUAAGUCUUUCCUAGUUUGGAUGACUUUCGUGGAGGUAUUUAGUUAAAUAGGGUGUCCUUACUAACAAUGCUCUUUAUGACGGCCAGGACACAUCAGAAAGUCUGCUGAUGUGGCAGUUUAAACAAUUUAACUAUACUCGAGAUGUUUUUUCCCUGUUUAGAUCUCUAAUAGUUUUUUAAUUAAAAACGAAAAAAUGUUUUUUGGUAACUCAUUUUUGCUAGAUUAGCGUUUGGAAAAGGUUUCCCUGUCAUUAAUAUGACAUACUCCUAACUAACAUUCAUUUUGCUCAAAUUUCCUCAAAAAUAUACUGAUGUAGUCAAGCCUGUAGUUAAUGCCAACUGAACAUGUAAUCUGUUGAUGGUGAUGUUAUACUUCUGUUCGAAUCAUUGAGAUGAAGUUACAUAACUGUGAUAUUCUCUUUAACUUAUUCUGGUUAAGGUUAUGGGCAAUACGAGUCUCCAUUGGUUCUUGCUUAGCACAAUUCAUUCGAACAAAAAAUUACAUUAGGGAUGUGUUCUCAGUCAGGUACUUUAUGAGUAUUCUUCCUAAAAAACUUUCACAUUGUUUGCUUUUUCAUUCUUCUUGCUUUUCCUUGUUCCAACAACUUUUGCUUCUGUCAUCUGUUGACAUAUAUCUCCCAGUAAUAUUGUUCUCUCGAAACCAGUCAUUAUUUUUGGCAAAUUCAAACAGACCACACCCUGCUGGUCUUAUCCUGAGCUAUGAUUAAAUGUACAAGAGCUUGAAAAAAUGAUAACUUUUUCAAUCUUAACGAAAUAUGUGAGUACUAUAAGACACUCUAAAAUAAAUUAGGCCCGUAAUUCAAAUGCAAGCGCUUUUGCAUAGUAUUGGGCUUUAUCUAACUUUUUUGGGCACGUUCUUUAAUGAUUACUAUGUAGCGUUAUCUUAGAUAUCGAAUGUGGAAUAAACUGGCUAAACUGUUGAAAUCAACUAGCAGAAUCACCAUUUAUUAUAAACAUCUAAAGCUCGUCUCUUCUUCUAUUCAGGACCUUUUGGAGUUAUCGAUGAACACACAAACACAGUUCUGGCGAACAGCUUUGAUGGAAAUGGCUUAAUGCUUAUGAUACUUAUUAUACAUCAGCACCAGGUAAUCAUCUGCUUUAUCAUGAUGGCAAAUUCUCUGUACAAUGCAGCAUUAAUUGAUGCAUCCAUCUUAGUCAUAUCAGGUAACCCAUUUCACUGCCUUAGAUUGAGAUUCUGGGAGCCUUUCCAAGAUGAAUGUUUCAAUGUUAAAAUUUGCUGGCAUGAUUAUUCCAUUUUCCCCUUAGCGAGGGACAAGUGGGUUAGGUCUCACUUGGUGCUCCUUCAAGAGGCCAUGGUGCGUUUGCCUUUUUGGGGAGGACCGUUGGUUUUUGUAGGUGACUGAGGCCCAUUGGGAAGUGUGCACAGACUCCACCUGAUAUUCCAUAACGAAGAAUUGUGUGAUCCUCUAUAUCUGUUGUAGAUUUUCGUGAACAUCCAAGCACAAUUUUUUAGCACAUCCCAUUUUUUAAAAAAAAGCAGAAAUCAGUUCAUCAAUUUCAAUCCAAUGUGCACUUGCCUUUUUUGAGGUAUCAGUUUGAUAUAAUGAAAUUUAAUGUCUUUUUUUUAUACAGCUAAUCAUGUCUCGUCGGCGGAUUCCAUGUUUGGAUUCAUACUUGGACAAGGUAUGCAAGCUAUUUUUAGUCAGUUUUACAAUGGGACUCGGUUGCUAUUAUUGAUUCUGUCUUGGAACUUCGAUUUUUUCAAUUUCUAUUUAUUUUCCAGAAAAGUUCAUUUGUUCUCUCCGUUAUAGAUAUGUCAUAUGUAUAGUCAUUUAUCCUUCAUCCUGUUAAUGUUUGGAAAAUGACAUGGCCGAGGGCAUUUUAUUUGGGUUGAAGCAUUCCUGUCAUGAGCGAGAAAGUAAAAAAGCCAUCCUGGCAGCCAAAAUAAAAUUAGCACUGAAUAAAUGGUGUUUUGUCAAGACGAGUAGCAUUGUCCUCAUGCCCUCACAUUUUAUUCCCCGAAAAAAACUACUCCUAACAUGCCAAUUUUUUUUUUUUAACAUUUGUAACUUUAGUUGUUUUCCUUAUAAAUUUCCAAUCCUUCAAAAUGUACUUUUCACAAAUAAUGUCUAGUUAUCAUUUCAACUUGACAGAGAUCUCGUUUGCUUGUUUAUGAAGUUUACUUCACUAGUUGAACUUUUCUGCUUUACACUGAAUUGGCUUAGUUGGACAACUCUCCUCGACUCUUAUUCUUGUACAAUUGAUGAUUGAAAGCGUUAAUCCAAUGAAUUCGCUUACGUCUGUAUGAUUAUUUACUCAUUGAAAUGAUCAUUUAGUUCCUUUCGCUUUCUCAUUUUUAUCAAUCCCUUAUACUAGUCUUAGAUACCAGGAACAUGAAUUUCUAAAGCUAAAGGACACCAAAAGGUUGAAAAGAAAUUACGAGUAAGCUGUAAAGUUAAACUCGAUGGUUUACAUGGUAUACUGUUGGAAGUUUUAGGUCGUAGAGAAAUAGUUAAUUAGUUGAGGGUGUUUUGGCAAAAGUUGUGUAUUGUUACUCUCUAUAAAAUGGGGGUUAGAGUUGAAUGAAUUUUGAGGCGGUUUCCACCCUUCUCCCCUCCAUCCUUCGUGACGAGGGUUUUUCUCCAUUUUCAACAUAUACAAAAGAAGAAGCAAGAAAUGUAGAAAAUAGAUGAGGCAGAACUGCAUGAUGAGUACCUGAUAAAUAACCUUCUAUACAUGAACGUUCAGAUGUGCAAGUUGCCAUAUCUAUAGACAUAUUAUGGACUUGUUCAGUUGGUUUAACUCUGCUUUCUCAUCAAUGUCUGUUCCCUAACCUAUAAUUUAUUGUUUUCAUUACAAAAAAUGUCGCGUUAUAAAACUUUUAUGGCUUAUUUCUAUUUCUCCCCACUGCCAACGUAUUAACCUAGUUACCGGGCAAUCAGGUCAAUAUCUCUUUGUGGCCUCGGUUCAAGAUGGUAUUUGAUAUGCACCUCAGCAGUCUGCGUAAUGCUAAUGUUAGAUCAUUAUGGGAAGAUGAUGUUCAUCCUCACUAUGUAAUGAGGCGAUAUGCUGAAUUCACUGCAUCCCUCAUCCAACUUAAUCAUCAGUAUGGAGAUGGUCAGGUAUGCAUAAAAACAGAAUCGUCUCAAAAAAUUUGGAAUCUUUACUUUCUAAAAGAAUAUGUGAUAUUUGUUUAUCCCAUGCUUUAUCUGUGUUCAUGAAGGUAACCUAUCUUCCAUAUAUGCUCUGUUUCUUCUUUAGCUUGACCUCAAUUUGGAACGACUGCGGAUGGCUGCUGAUGAUUUGCUCUCGAAAUUAGCUAGAGCAUUCACCAAACUGAAGCUGCAAACUGUGUUUCUCAUAAACAACUACGACAUGACCAUUUCUGUUUUAAAGGUAACGCGAAAGUUUUUUAAUAGAUCUCUGAAAUGAUAUAAUAUGUAAUUCUGGUCCGUCUAUAACAGUGUGCCAAAGCAUUUAUUGUCUUUUCAGGAGGCGAGUGCAGAGGGUGGGAAGGCCCAAAUCUAUUUUGAUGAAAUGUUAAAAACUAAUACGGCUAUUUUUGUGGUAAGUAGUUAUCAGUAUCCAAGAGAAACUAUAUUAUAAUGAGUUGCCUGUUAGCAAUACCGAAUUGGAUCGAGCAAGUUGGGUCAAUGAUGCCAAUCAGAUCCGGAUUAGGUUUAUAACCAUCUGAUUCAACAAACCCAAAUUUGAUUUAACAAGUCGGAAUUGAUUUCAUUUCAAUUUAUGAAGUAUAUUAAAUUCUGUUAUAUAAGAGGGCUUUAUAGAGAUACUCCUUCAAAACCCCCAAAGUCCCCUCAUCCAUUGUGCAGAAGUGCGUGACAUGUUGGGAUGGCAGCAGCUUCUGGUUUUAAAUUUUAUUUUAAAUUUUAAAUUUUCGUUGUGCAGAGAUACUCCCUUUUUUUUUAUUUUAAAAUUUAAAUUUUCGUUAUUUUUCUUCAUCUUUCAUCCUCCCUGACCAGUGGGUAAGUUAUCAAAAGGGAGGGCUAGACUUCCCUCAAAAUCAUAUUGUUACCAUGAUUAUCUGUCUAGUAUUGUUACAAUGUGUUUAAAGGGAGGGUAAGUCCUGCAUACCAUGAUAUCUGUCUAAUGUCCAGACUUGAAUGUCUUAUGCGGCCACUCCAACAAUAACUUAUUUAACACAUAAAAAUCGAGGGUAAAAUAUUCCAAGAAGACCUCCCAAGCUUCCAUUGGAUCUUCUGGUUUCAUAACUAAUUCAGGGUUGCGUAUUCCCCUGACACCAACCCUUACUAGCUUACCACUGCCACAGCUUGCCUGAAUUAGAGAAAUUUUACUAUUGUUAGUAUUAAAAGAAUCCCUGAAAGCCUAGUAUGCUUGAUAUUUUUCUGGAAAAUAAUAGAGCCGUGCAUAUCUCACAGGAAGAGCUGCUGCUUGAGCACUUCAGUGAUUUAAUUAAGUUCGUGAAGACCAGAGCCUGUGAGCGACAUGCAAAGCCUCUCUCUCUCCAUUUACUAAAACAACCACAAAUCAUUGUGGGAUCUUUUACUUACACCAGUUUUUAAUCCUCAGCUGAGGAUACCUCCGGCUCAGAUGUACCCACUGUUGCCGACGUGGAGCCUCUGGUGAAGGACUUUGCCGGCAGAUGGAAGGCAGCCAUUGAGCUGAUGCACAAGGAUGUUAUUACUUCUUUCAGCAACUUCCUCUGUGGAAUGGAGAUCCUGAAGGCAGCACUGACUCAGCUCCUGCUUUACUACACCAGGCUCUCCGAGUGUGUCAAGAGGAUCGGGGGUGGUUCUUCCCUGAACAAGGAUCUGGUUUCCAUAUCCUCCAUAUUAUAUGAAAUAAAGAAGUACUCCAGGACAUUUUAA